AUGGCUCAAUCAAACACCCAAGAAUUCUACGGAAAGGACUCCGACAACAUCGACAUGACGAACGCCGACACGGUCACGCACCAGCCGAAAGGCGCAGAAGCCGCGAGCCCUGAGAACGGGCACGGUGUGCCGACCCUAGUGACUUCGCAUGAAGCGAACCCUGUGCUUGAGAGGGACGCGCAGACCAAGGGGACGUGGGCGGGCUAUGUGAAGACGAAGCAGUUCUGGAUUGCAAUGUUGCUUGGGCAAACCCUCGCAAUCUGCAUCACCUCGACGAACACGCUGUCGCAAUUGCUUUCCAACGAAGGAACCUCCAUUCCCGCCUUCCAGUCCUUCUUCAACUACGUCCUCCUCAACCUCGUCUACACCUCCUACACCAUUUACAAACUGGGCUUCAAGGGAUGGGGCAAGAUCAUGCUGAAAGACGGCUGGCGCUUCUUCAUUUUGGCCUUCAUCGACGUGGAGGGGAACUACUUCAUCGUCCUCGCAUACCGCUACACCACCCUUCUCUCCGCACAGCUGAUAAACUUCUGGGCCAUCGUCGUGGUGGUCAUCCUCUCAUUCUUGUUCCUCCGCGUGCGCUACCGCUGGACGCAGAUUGCGGGUAUCUUGCUCUGCAUCGGGGGCGUAGGCGUCCUCUUCGGAUCCGACCACAUCACAGGCUUCAACCAAUUCGAUGCGAUUGACCCCGUCAAAGGCGAUUUGUUCGCCCUACUCGGCGCAUCGCUAUACGGCAUCAGCAACACCUUCGAGGAGUUUCUGGUCAGCGAACAGCCGCUAUACGUGGUUAUCGGGCAACUCGGCUUCUGGGGCAUGUUCAUCAACGGCACGCAAGCGGGUAUCUUCGACCGCACGUCCUUCCGCGCUGCUACCUGGAACGGUGCCGUGGGAGGCUACCUCACGGGCUACACGCUCAUCCUCUCUCUCUUCUAUUCUCUUGCGCCGAUCCUGUUUCGCUUGACGAGCGCGGCUUUCUUUAAUAUUUCGCUUCUGACAGGCAAUUUUUGGGGUGUGGCUAUUGGGAUUAAAGUGUUCCACUACCACAUUCACUGGAUGUACCCCAUUGCGUUUGUGCUCAUUCUUGUGGGCCAAGUAAUCUACUUCUUGAGACAGGGUAGCUUGGCGGAGCAGAAGAAGCCGUGGUUGGGCGAGGAUCAGGAUAAGGGUGUUAGUGGCAUUGGUACUGCGAAGAGGAGGGUGGAGAACCCAGAUGCGAUCGUCUAA